GACAGUUUCUAAACUGAGGCCAAUCUCCGUCAACUGUGGACGGGAAAAUGACUUAAAACUUGCCGUUUGUUUCUGAAUCAGUCGCAUACUUAAAAUAGUCCUAGUGGUCUACAAGUCAGGUUUAGGUGUGCCUGCAGCUGUCGCCGUCAUAGCUCACAUCGCGCCGCCACCAUCCUUGUCAGGCGACGUCACUGAUCUCAUCAUUGCUUCACAACGAGCAGGAAACCGAGCAGUUGAAAAGUUUCAUUUUCAGAGGCUCUUUUCUAUUGCAUUUCUAGGUGUGUUCGACACUGACCACCGAGAAAUAUUUAUUUUAAUUCACCCUGAUAGCUUACCGGUAGCAACAAAACGACAUGCUUCAGUGUCUUUCGGGAAGCGCAUGUAUGAGGCUGAUACAAGGUAAUAAAACGACGUGGUGUUUUGUGUGCCUUGUAGUGAGCUAUGUAUUAUACCUGAUACUCGGAGCUUUAAUAUUCUCUUCUGUGGAAUUACCGUAUGAGGAUGACCUGAAAAGGGACCUCCUAUCAUUCAAACAGCAGUUUCUUCAGGACAAUACCUGCUUAUCUGACGAUCGUUUAGAAGAGUUUCUUGCGAGAGUGCUUGAGGCAAACAAUUACGGAGUGUCUGUGCUAAACAACGCAUCCGCAAACAGGAACUGGGAUUUUACCUCUUCGCUAUUUUUCGCAAGCACUGUUCUCUCCACCACAGGCUAUGGACACUCGGUGCCACUAUCCGAUGGAGGAAAAGCCUUCUGCAUCAUCUACUCUGUCCUCGGGAUCCCCUUCACCCUCCUCUUCCUCACGGCGGUGGUCCAGAGGAUCAUGGUCUACGUCACACGGCGGCCUGUUAACUACCUGCACAGGCGGCUGGGGCUGUCGAAGCCUCUGGUGGCUGGAGUUCACGCCGCUCUGCUGGCCCUGAUCACGGCCUCGUGCUUCUUCCUCAUUCCUGCCAUAAUCUUCUCGGCGCUCGAGGACGAUUGGAACUUCCUGGAGUCUUUCUACUUCUGCUUCAUCUCGCUGAGCACCAUUGGCCUUGGGGACUACGUCCCGGGGGAGGGCUACAACCAGCGCUUCCGUCAGCUCUACAAAGUGGGCAUCACAGCUUAUUUGCUCCUUGGCCUGAUUGCAAUGCUUGUAGUGCUGGAGACCUUCUGUGAGCUGCAGCAUCUGAAAACCUUGAGGAAAAUGUUCUACGUGAAGCAGGAGAAGAAGGAGGACGAGUUGACCAUUGUGGAUCAUGACCAUCUGUCCUUCACCACAGUAUGUGAACAGACAACCCCUGUGACAGAUAAUAAGGGAGAUCCCUUUACAGAUGACACCUCUAUGGCUGAAGCUUCACCAGUCACUCCCAGCGACAGCGUUGUAAUUAAAUGAGACCAAUUCCUUGUUUGAUCAGACCUGUAGUCAUCAGAGAAAUUUAGACUUGAAAAUAUUUUUAAUCUACUGUCUAUACGUGUUAUAGUCUUACUUGAUGGUAUGCCAGGGUCUUUACUAGGUUGUGCAUGCGAUUGGUGAAGUAUUUUUAUUUUUUAUUUUUAUAAGUAAUCAUUAGACUGGUGUAUUUUUUAAGUUACUGUUGUGCCAUGCCACUGCUGCAUAAACUACUGUAAAUUUGAAUCAAUGCUGUAUUCCUUAAAAGGCAUGGAUGUUGUCAGUAGGUUUUUAAUGUAGUCUGUCAACUUAUUUGUUACAAUGUAACAUGUAUGGGCUGGUCCCUGAUAGUUGUACAUACAGUAAUGUGUUGCCAUAAACUGUAAAUGGUGUCAUGUCAGCUGUUCGGUGUCUUAUGAGCAGUACAAACACUGGACAAGUGUACUUAUUGCUAACCACAUAUUACUUACUGGAAAAAAUAAUGGUAUUGUUAACAAAAACAGUCUCUUCUCUUGUCAAUCUCUGUGCAAAAACACAAAAACACAAAUGCAAGUGGUUACCAGAUCCAAAAACACCAACAAAACAUCAUUCUUUACUGAUACAGCUCUGCUGUUCAUCCAAAUGGCCAGGAGGGGGCACUGUUCACAACUGAUAUAUUUUGCUUGUACUGUGAUGCCAUUAGGUGUCCAAUGAACAGAAGGCAAUAAUCAUGUUGUUGCCUAUUUUUUACAGUCUAUGGUUGAAGCAUGAUGCUACUGUAAGAUCAACAACAUUCCAUAAUGGAUUGUAAGGGACAUGUCUAGGGACCUACUUAAAAACUGCAAGUAGAGUGAAAGUGCUUUAUAUCUGAAUAGUGUCCUUAGUGUAGCACCUUCAUUUAUUUUCUGUAUAUAACAUUCUUAGUCUGAAAUCAUAUAAAUCGACUCAGUGGUUACUGUUACAGUGUCUAUGUUCCCUAUGGUAGCGUUAUGGCUUUAUGAUCAAAACAAAUCAUUGAUCUCAUUAUUAACACUGAGAAGGAAAACAGAUAUUAUUUUGUGUUUAGACAGAUUAUUUCUAUCUAUUUGUCAUGUAAGGAGCAUGUCCUAGGGCUCUAAGUAAAAUUUACUUUAUUUAUGUUUUACUGAGAAUUUAAAAUAUAUAUUUUUUGUUUUGUUCUGUUCUGUUUUAAGCUGUAUUUCUGCAACCAAAAAAUUGAAUGUGUCACUUAGACUCAUGUUGGUGAUGUUAGUCCAGAAAAUCACUUGACAAAAUAAUAAACAGAAUAUGCUAUGUA